AUGAACAGAACAGGAAUUGGUUGGAUCUUCCAUCUUGGUGUGGUUGACAUACUUGACAAUGCUCAGAAAGUGUGUUCCGCUUGGCGUAAAAUCUGCAAAGAUCCUGCCUUGUGGAGAGUCAUCAAAAUGCACAUCCUAUCGUCUCAUGAAGAACAGAUGUGUAAGCAAGCAGUGGACAGAAGCCAAGGCCAAUUAGUUGACCUCAGCAUCCGUUCUUCAUCGACACAUGAUGAACUUCUUUCAUAUAUUGCAGACAGGUUGGGGCAGCUUAGACGUCUUGAACUUGUAUCUUUUGAGGUUGAUGUGCUGAAAAUACCUUUAAUGAAAUUCCCAUAUUUGGAGGAACUCAACUUUUACUCAUGUAGAGCAAGCAUGAUGACAAAAGAGUUUAUUGAAACCGCCGUUCGUUAUUGCCCCAUGCUUAAGACAUUUAAAGUGAAUCAUGGACUAAUAAAUAUUGGAGAUCUUGAUGAUCAGAUAGCUAUAGCUAUCGGGAAAAACUUACAUCAGUUAAGGCACCUUGAACUCUUUGGAAGCGACAUGUCAAAUGAGCAGUUAGAGGUGAUUUUGGAUGGUUGUCGUCACCUUGAAACACUUGACUUGCGUAACUGUGUGAGCAUAGAUCUUAAUGGAGAUUUGGGGAAAAGGUGUUUUGAACAGAUUAAAACUCUAAAACUUCCUGAUGAUUCUUUUGAAGGAAGUCCAUAUAGAGAUGUCUAUGAUGAAGACCUUGUAAUGUUAGCUCCAAACAAUUUCUGCCUUGUGGUUUAUGUUUUGUUGAUGGAAAAUGUUCCAAGAAAUGAAAAAGUGUCCAGCAAUUAUUCAAUGGAAGAAAAUAAAUUUGUUCUAACUACACCAGAAUUUUUCACUAAUAAGGUAUUCAAGUCUCGGGAAGAAUUGGGUAAAGGACGUGGCAUAUUCUGUUGGUGUUGUCAUUGUCACCAAAAGAUCGAACAGUUAUCUUAG